AUGGUCUCUUACAAGGUCUUCCGAGGAACCCCCGAGGGAAGGAUUGUCUCUGACACCGUCGAGCGUGAGCUCCAGAACCACGAGGUCUUCAUUGAGACAACACACUCUGGUGUUUGUGGAACGGAUAAGCUCUACCAGCCCAGUGGAAUUGUCCUUGGUCAUGAGGGCGUUGGUGUUAUUCGUGAGGUCGGAUCGUCAGUGAAGAACGUCAAGGUUGGCGACAGAGUUGGAUUCGGAUACACACAUCAGAUCUGCGGCUCUUGCGACAACUGCUGUACAGACCUUGACCAGUACUGUCGUGAGCGUCAGAUCUAUGGUUUCUCUGACACUGACAACGGCUCCUUCUCCUACGGAGCUGUCUGGGACUCCAAGACCGUUGCUCCUAUUCCCGAUGGAUACGACUCCGCUGAUGCCGCCCCUCUUCUCUGCGCGGGAGCCACUGUCUACACAGUUCUCACCAAGUAUGGUCUUCGCUCUCAAGAUAGAGUUGGUGUUAUGGGCAUUGGUGGCCUGGGCCAUCUUGCUAUCAAGCUAGCUGCUGCCAAGGGGGCUCACGUCGUUGUCUUCUCUUCUUCCGAGUCUAAGAGACAGGAAGCCCUUGACUAUGGCGCCUCUGAAUUUAUUGUCUUCAAGUCUGGAGACGAGGCUCCCGAGAACUUCAAGCCCGUUAAGCACUUGCUUCUCUGCGGUAGCUCAAAUGUCGACUACAGCAGCCUCGUUCCUCUUGUUGAUACCGAUGGUGUCAUCUACCCUCUUACUGCCGCUCUGGAGUCUACUCCCGUGCCUCUGACCUCGCUCUCCCUCAAGGGCAUUCGCGUUCAGGGCUCUCUGGUCAGCUCUCGCGAUAGCCUUCGCAAGCUUCUUGAUUUUGCUGCCAGGAAGAACAUCAAGCCCACCAUUAUGACAUACCCUCUGAACGAAGAGGGGAUUGAGAAGGCUCUACACGACUUGAAGGAGGGCAAGGUUCGAUACAGAGCUGUCCUUGUCAAGGAGUAA